GCGAACGAUAACCUUCUCCCCCUCCAAAAAAAGGAACUGGAGAACUAAUAUCCAAAUACUGAGUGAGAGCGUUUCUCAAAAGAGAGAACCUACGACGGAGACAGUUUCAAAAACAGUUUCAAAUUCAAAGUGCGUCUUUUUGCCGAUAGAAUCCCGUUAGAUUCAAAUUCGUAUUUUCGUGUCGAGUCGCGUUUGUUGAAUUGUUUUUUUUAUUAUUUUUUUUUUCAAGUGAUUUGUGUUAAAAACAAAAUAAAUAAAAACUAAAUAAAACAAAGACAUCUAAAAAUAAUAAUCCAGAGACUUCUAUUAACUGUUAAUGCGGUGAACAUGUCGCCCGCCGAACAUUUCUCCUUGUUUGGCGGCGGCGAUGGCGGCGGACUGGCGGCGGCGCUGCAUCCCUUCCAGCUGGCGGCCAGCACGGGGUCCGGAGGAGCGGGACUGGGCGGCGGCGCCGGCAUGGGCGUGAGUGGUGGCGGCUCCGGCGGCCUGGGAGGUGGCGUUGGCGGCGGAGGUGGAGGCGGUGGUGCCGGAGCUGGAGGUGGUGGCGGCGGCGGCGCUGGAGGCGGUGGCCGGGAUAAUCUGAAGGACAUCCACGACAAGUACACCAUGGCAAUUGCUCACUUCCUCGACUUGCAGGAGAACGACACCCUGGACAUGGAGCAGCUGAAGGGGCCGAUCCUAAAGUCCACCAUCAAGUCCGUCUACUGGCUCUUCCUCAUCCAGUACGCCGCCCUAGCCCUGCUGGGCGUGGUCCUCAAUGUGGCCAUAGUGGUGUACAUCAUGUACCAUCGCCUCUACAAGGAUGUGACCCACGCCUUCAUCAUCAACCUGGCGUUGUGCCACUUUGUGCAGUGCGCCCUUGUCCUGCCCAUAUCCCUGAUGGUGAUGCUGCUCCAGAAUUGGAUAUUCGGCCAGUUUCUGUGCUUCUUCCUUCCCAUGCUACAGGACAUCCCCCUGCAUGUGGCCAUGAUCUCGCACAUUCUGAUCGCCUGGGACAGGAUGCGUUGGCUGAAUGAUCCGCUGAAGGGACGACUGCCAGGAUUCGUCUGCUGCUGCGCCACCUGGCUGACCGGAAUGGUGAUAGCCCUGCCAUAUCCCAUUUAUACCAAUUACGUGGAACUCGGGGACUACUUGCCCCAACUGGCUGGCAUAGGAGUCUGCGUUGUUAACUUGAUGGACGACAUGCAGGAGUACCAGCGUGGACUUUUUCUGCUCAUGUACUGUGGUCCUGCCAUCCUGCUGUCCUACCUGUACAUUCGCACCUCCCAGGAGCUGCGGCCGCCCGAAGGACCCUUCGCCGUGAUGAUGUACGAGCAUAGGGCCGAUCUGCGAAUGCGACAGAGAAACUCUUCAACUUCUUCGGUGGAGCCGCGUCACCACUCCGGCGGCGGGGUGGCCGGCCUGAGCAAUGGCGGUGGCAGCACUUCGAGGUCCUACGACCUGUACAGCGCCGAGUUGGAUGUCAAUCGAGAGAAACGGAAACAGAGGAACUUUGGAACCAUGGCGGCCACCCAGGUGGUGUGCAUGUGUCCCUUGAUGAUACUGCGAUUCGCCAAGCUCUCCCUGGAGGAGACGUACGAGAACUCCAAGCACUUUGACUUCACCUACCUGAUGUUUGUGUGGGUGGCCUUCCUGCCCACCGUCAUCUUUCCGUGCAUUUACGCCUCACAGAUACUGCCCAGGGACGAGCAGGAACGUCUGAGGGGCUACUUCCGGCUUUCAUCGAAACGCAAGCAGAAGAAUCAGCGUCGCAGCGAUGCCACCGGAACCGGCGGCAGUUCCCGCGAGGACUCCAUCGAAAAGGACGAGCCCUCCAACACCACAGGUAGUGUGCAGCACGGUAGUGUUAGUGGUGGUGGUGGUGCAGGUGUAGGUGCAGGUGGUGGGGCAAGUAGCAAUCCGGAAAAUCUACAAAAACACGCCACAAAGCUGCGACACGAAAGGGAGCGAUCGGGCGCCUCCGCUGGAGGGGAUCGCUACUCGGGAGCACCCUAUCGCCAGGGCAAGGAUAGGGACAGGGCAGGUGACAGGACUAGGGAUAGGGAGAGAGAUAGGGACAGGGAUAGGGAUAGGGACAGGCGUGGUGGGAGGGGGGCAGGCGAUGCCGGGGUCGUUAAUAAUCUGGGCAAGGAUGUGCGCGGCAAGAAGCAUGACGUCAAAAUAAACAUCAUAUCCGACGGCGGAAGCGGCCACGCCCAUCCGCACCGGAAGCUGGGUGGCGGCAGUGCUAGUGGCAGCGCCAGCAGCAAUAGAAGCCGCCAAGGUCAGGGCUCGAGUCCGGGACAGGGCCAUCGCAGCUCCCUGAAGCUAACCGCCGAGUGUCUCUCCAAUGUCACCGCUUCGACCUACUGCAACGGCACCAACGGCAACGGCAGCGGAAACGGAAACAGCAUCAUCAUCCCGGACGACAGCAGCACCAGCAACUACGGCGACGGGGAGGAGAGCUCCGUGGUGAGCAGCAUGAUGGUGCCGCCGCAGAGAUGGCCGCCCGGCGGCGUCGGCCUGCUGCGCCACAAGGACGUCUCUUUCAGCGAGUGCAGCAGCAGCACCUUCUCCUCCAGCACCCUGGAGCGGGACCUGGAGAUCAUGGACCAGCUGGAGCGGGAGCGCAGCAUGGACAUCCAGGACAUGUUGCAGCGGGAGCGGGAGCGCGAGAAGGGGGGUCGUGGCAGACAGUUGCCGGACAUCGAGAAGCUCUACGCCCAGCGCUCCCCCAAAGGGGCCAGCAAGGCGGUGGCCAGGGGCUCCAGCGGGGAGGGUGGCCUGGCCCUGGUCCUGCCGGGCAGCGAUCCUCUGAGCAGCCUCUCGCAGUCCCAGUCGCAGUCCCUGUCCACGGAGUACAGCCUCUGCUCGACUCUGGAAACCGGCGUGUCGGUGGCGCCGUCGGACGAUAGCCUCCAGAAGCCAUCACAAAUCCGGCCGAGCCUCGAGGAGGUCGACGACGAGGAAGUCGUGCCGCCGGACUUCUACGACAGCUAUACGCCGGGCGGAUCGCAGAAUCUGCCGCCCGGUGCUGCCGCCGUCGUCGCCGCCGCCGCAGCCGCUCCGCCCGCCUACCAAUACCAGUACAGUCGCAGUCGCUUGAGCCGGAAGAGUUGCGGCUCCGGUUCCAUGUCCGGUUCCGGCUCGGGUCAUCAUCAUGGUCACGGGUAUGGGCAGCACGGCAGCGGGGGCGUUGGCGUCGGCCAUCCCGGACGCAACUCGAAGCGGGACAGCUUCAACUCCCUCAACGGCACUGAUCUCAUUGCCGGCGCCUUCUGCGAACUGGAUCCCACGCAGCCGUUGAACAAGAUGGCCGUAAUCGAGGGCCGGAUGCGCCGGAGUAGUCCCCGGAAUGCCAGCUUUAGUUCCGGCUCCGGUGUCUCCGGCGGCCGGAGCUCCAUGAAGUCCUCCUCGCGGGACUACGACUACGGUCAUGGCUCUUCCAGUCACUCAGCUCAUCCGGAAUUGGAUUUCAGGGAGAAUAUAUUCGCGGAACUGUAAGGGAACUUGGAAGAAGGAUCCGAAACUUGCAGGGAAAGUCUAAAAACAAAGAAGAAGGUAAGAAAGUUAUAGAAGAAAUCUACAAAGUUGUUGGAAAAGAAAGAAGUUGGCCGGGAUUAGAACAAUUCUUAGA